AUGGAUAUCGACAAGACCCCAGACAACAAGGAAACCGACGACGCAGCUACCUCCAAAGCCAAUACGUUGGAGACGUAUCACGCCGAGGCGCGCAAGAGGAAGGCCGCCGCCGAGUCCAACGCCGUCACGCUGCUGCCGGUGCCGCUGCGGGAGCCCUGGUCGCCCCUCGGCCUGCCCGUGGAGUUCGGCUUCACCGCCUACAGCGAGCGGCUCAACGGCCUGCUGACCAUGGUGGGCCUCACCGCGCUGCUGCUGGUGGAGCUCGGCUCCGGGAAGUCCCUGGUGAAGUAUCGCCUCCUCAUCGGCCGCCUCGCCGCUUGCUGCCGAGCUCGCCCGUGCCUGCACCGCGCCCGCGCCCGCGCAUCGCGAGCUCGCCCGUGUCGGCGCCACGCCGGCGCCCACCGCCCGCGCCACGCGCUGCCGAGCUCGCACUGCCCGCACCCCGCUGAGCUCGACUGGAAACAUCAACUUUCCAAAGACAAUAUCCCAAACUGGACAGUUGAUACAUGGAACCAUUUUACUUUAACAUUUAAAGUAUGGCUGCAAAUCUGGGAUGCAGGAGGUCAAAAUUCAUUGUCUACUCAGUUUCUCAGUUUCUCAGUUUUCCUCUUUCAGAAGCAAGAGAUUUUUCAAGACCUUGCUCCACUGCUGUGGCACUCCUUUGGCAUCGUUGCUGCACUGCUCCAGGAGAUUGUGUCAAUCUACCCUUCACUUUCAUCUCCUACUUUGUUGCCAGUUGCAUCAAACCGUGUCUGCAAUGCACUUGCACUUCUUCAGUGUGUUGCUUCACACCCUGAGACCAGGAUCUCGUUCUUGAAUGCUCACAUCCCACUGUACCUGUACCUGUUCCUAAAUACUACCAGCAAGACCAGACCUUUUGAGUACUUGAGGCUUACCAGCUUGGGUGUUGUUGGUGCUCUUGUGAAGGUUGACGAUUCUGAAGUUAUUGGACACAAGCAGCUGCUUGAAAGGACAUCUAGAAAAAAGGCCGCCGCUCCCAUCAUGACACUACGCGGCAUCCUUUGGUUGAGGUGCCCCCCUCCCCAUGCCUCUUUCAUGUGCCUUCUGACAUCGUCGAGCCGAUUAGAGUCGAUGGUGACAAGGAUCACGCUCAUGGGAUUUCGCUUUGCACCUCAACCACUCCUGCUAAUGUGGAUCAGGGGAUGGAUUGAUGGAUAUCGCAAUUUUGGUUGCCUGCUUGGACUGAGGUCUCUGAAUGUUACAAAUUCAUUUGUCAUCAUGAUCCUGUUUUUUUCAUUAUCGCCUUUGGAUAGUCAAUGUGAUGUUAAUUUAGCUUUCGCCUAUGCAAGUUUGUCAGGCACAAUAAAGAUUUGA